CAAACACCCAGCGACCGACCGCGCUGCGCAUCCGGAGAGCGGACGGAUUUGAAGAUAGUUGAAGUGAUCCAUACAGGGUGAUUAUUUUCUCCGCUCAAUUCUCCAGAAAUUAUACACCACACCACGCAAUUACCUCAGUUACAUAGCCAAGGUCAAUUUCCUUGACUCAACACCACAUAUUACCUCUCUACACCUCCCAACAUCCGCAAAACCGUCCAACCCUACAAACAACUACAACAAAAACCACCGCCAAAAUGACCAUCCCUCUUUCAACAAUCUCCACCUUCCGCACCACUUUCAACCCUUUCCUCCGCUCCGCCCGCCCCUGCAGACUCAUCCUCUCUCUCCUCCGCAAUCCCACGACCACGCCCGCCUCCAGCCCCGGCCACAUCGACAUCAAGGUCACUCAGCUGCCGCGGUCAUCGACGCAAGAGCCCGAGCUGACGAUAGGGUUCAAGAAUGGCAAGGAGUUGAAGAUCGAGGUUGGAAAGCGCCAGAUGAAGAUUGGGGAUGUCGUUGAGGAGAUUGCUCGUGUUGGGAGGGCUAUUGAGCGUGAGGAGGCGCUGAAGUCUUAGAUCUUUUCUUUGCUGUUUUUUUGGGGGGCGGGGGGUUGUUUGCAUGAGCUGUGUGGUAUGGUUUGCAUCGGCAUGAAUGGGGUGAGGAUUUUCCAUCGUGAUGCGAAGACUUUACUUGUCUGUCCUGUCUCUCCUGUCUUCUGGAAGUGGAUGAAGGGCUGCGCAGUAUGACUGGGGCUUUCAGGACCGAAAGGGUGACUAUGUCGGUCUGGUCGUACUUUGUACUAUCAUGUUCUGUAUGUGUAUGUGUAUAUAUUAGCCAUUGAGUGAUACUCCAUUUCUUAUAGUGCUGGUUUCAUAUGCCGUGAUAGGCAGUACUUUUUGGUAAGGUUGCAAUACUUAAAGAGCGCAUACAUGUGAAUUGAAUCCGAU